CACAACAACACACACACUAACGAAUUGCAAAAAAAAAAAAAAAAUUAACAAAAAAAACAUAUUUUGACAAAAACUUGAGUAUAAAACCUAUAAAUAAACGUUAAAAAGCAACAGUACAAGAUUUAACUUAUAAAAGUGCGGUUUAAAGAAAAAAUUAAAAAAAAAUUGAACAAAAAAAUCUUUUAAAAAUUUAACAAAAAAAGGAAUUUUAAUAAAAAAUUUUAUAAACAAACUUUGUUAGAAAAAGUGUUUAAAAAAUUAGUUUUGAAAAAAAGUGUUUAAAAACAAAAUAUUAAAAUUACUUCCUUUUGUUGUUUAAAACUCUAAACAAAAGAGUUAAAUUAAUAAAGAAACAAAAAGAAAAAUAAACCAAAAUGCAAUUAUUUAUGUUGCAAUUUGUAGUUAUUAUUGCUGCAGCAAUAAUCGGAAGUACAAAAGCUGCUAUAGCAACAUUACCCAAUGCUCAGGAAUUUGCAACAUCAACUGCCUCAUUAGUAAAUGUUGAUAGUUUACUAGCAUUUCCACAAGAAACACAAGCCAGCAGCAGCAGCAGCGACAGCAGUUUUAGCAAUAGUGAUGAAAAUGCCAGAAGUUUUCCAAUCACACCUUGUUCUCUAAGUGAUCCUCAGAAGAAUGAAUGUAUUAAAAAUUUAAUGACACAAGUGGUACCCGAACUGAAGGCCGGUUUACCUGAAUAUGGUUUGGGUUCUAUUGAUCCCUAUUUCUAUAGACGUGGUAUUUUCCGUUAUGCCAACGAUGGCAUCCAGGGUGGUCUACUCAUUAAGAACAUGCAAAUCCAUGGCAUUUCCAAUUUACAAGUCAAAUCAUUUGUGGGAAAUUUUACCGACAAUGGUUUCAUUGUGAAACUGGGUGUUGAAUGCAAACAGAUCAAGGCUGAUGGCCAGUUUAAGGCUGAUGUUAAAUUUGGCGGUUUGAGAUUGGUGCCAAAGGGACCAUUUAAUAUAACAAUUGAUAAUGUUCGCGCUACCGUUUUAACUGACGGCAGUUUCAUCAACCGUGACAACAGCAUCAGAUUGCAAUUACAUCGUCUUAAUGCCAAUGUGGCCAUAGGAGAUGCCAAAAUUAUAGCGAAUGGAAUUUUCUCCGAUCGUAACUUAAACACCAUGAUCUUAAAUUUAGUUAAUGAAAACUUACCCGAAAUAACUCGUGUCGGCAUACCAGCUACCCGUGAACAAUGGGCACCCAUUUUAGUGGAACAUGUUAAUAAUUUCUUUUCACAAGUUCCUAUAGAAAAGUUUUUAACACAAUAAGUAGUUUUGUCGAAACCAAAAAAGAGAAGAAAGAGAAAAAACACAUAAAAAUCGCAUUGUAUUUUAAUUAAGUUUAGUUUUUAAGAAAUACAUUUUUUUAUUUUAAUUGUUUUAUAUUCACACACACACACAAAAACACUCACACUUUAAUACGCAUAAAUAUUAUUAUUUUUUUAUUUAUUUAAAUUUUUAUUGGCAUAUACAUACUUUUGUUUUUUGAUAAGUAUCUUAAGUAUUGUGUAUAUUGUGAAAAAUUAAAAACGAAAGAAAGAAAUAAAAAUUAACCCACACAAAGUUUUUUAAGUACAAAA